AUGGCAUCGCGAAAAGCAGCCGAGCCGAACCACCCAGCGUCAGACUCCCUAGCAUUCACUCUUGAUUCCAACGGCCUAAACUCUCUCGAAUCUUCCGCUGCUCCUCCUUACUCCAGUCCCGCUGGUUCCGAGGGUUUCCCAGCAAGCCUUCUGUCGCCCGGAUUCGGCGGCUCGAACGACGACGAGGAGUCGCUACUUAAUCGCCUCGGCUUCUCCGCGUCGCCUCCUUCCCCUCCAUACCCCGGCGCCGCUGCUAACGCCGCUGCGGGUGCCGCUGGUGGUGCCGAUGCGGACGGUUUCGGAGAGCCCCCAUCCCAUCCCCAUUGCUCCCUCCCUUGCACUUCUCGCCGCUCACUCGCUUUUGCAUGGCAGCGAUUCGCCUUUGUUUCCCUUCUCCCCGUCGCUCCUCACGUGCACUCCCCCAUCUCGUGCGUGUGUGCAGAGCCGCAGUUUGGCAUGACGUGUCUGCUGGCCGUGCCACUGGACUACAGAGAGGACAGAGACAUGGUGCUGCGCAUCUGCCACAUGCACGCCAGGGAGGAGGCAGCAUGUGACGAGGCGGAGUUGACACCGCUGGCCCUGGCACAGAAGAAGAUGCAGAUGCAGCUCAUGCAGCAACACCAACUGACUGUGCUGCAGCAUGUGCGCACACUGCCAGUGGACGAGCAGAGGGCGUUCCUGCAGUCAGUGCAGAGCAAUGUGCAGCAGGCGCAGGAGCAGCGCGCGCAGGGAAAGGAGAAGCCUCUGGUUCAGCGCGAUUCAGUGCAGAGCAAUGUGCAGCAGGCGCAGGAGCAGCGCGCACAGGGGAAGGAGAAACCACUGGUUCAGCGCGAUGUGUGGGAGACGCUGCUGCAGCAGUGGCAGAGGCAGUUCAACCAGACGUGCUGA